UUAUUUUUUUUUUCGUUUGGUACUCCGAAAAAUAGGUCCCUAGACACCUCUAAGAAAGCCUCUCCAAACAUGAGUUCUUAAUUGUAACGAGAAGGUCCUCCUACAGUGCGGGACUUUAAUCCGCUAAACCUAACCUACUCCCACCUCAUGUCUCUCCCACGGGACCAUUGGAUAAAGUAUUACUUCAUGGGAGAGAAGAAGAAGUUUAAGUCUCCUCUAUUGCACAGACUGACUGACGCCUAAUCUGUUUUAAUUAUCUCAAUUUUGUCAUAAUUUGAUUUACCGCUUCGCUGACAGCUUUUCACUUUACAGAGGACUCGCACAUAAGUGCUGUCAAAUUUUCCACAGUGAUACUACCUCCAAGGGUGGUUAUCAGCUUUUCCCUUAUACUUGAAAACCGAGGGCAAUAAAAGAACAUGUGUACAGAGUCUUCUAUACAUCCUGUACACGUCGGACAGUAUGAACUAAUGUCAUGAUUAUAUUUGAAAAGGCAGCUUCUGAAGCAACCAUGCCCACUGAGUAUUUGGGUAAUAUGGAAAUCCAGUCCCCAUGUUGUCUACCUAUCCACGAAUGUGUGUAUGUCCGAAAUCAGUCGGAAGAUCCACCGUCCUUUGCAUGAAGUUUGCAAUGCAAUGCUUUUACUUCUCUCUUCUCUUUUAGCUGUGGUAGACGUCUCUAAUUAGUUAUACAUAUGUAUAUUCACGCGAAUUUGUCUCACUGUAUGUCAAUCGGUGCCAUAUUGGCUAAUACCUCAGCGGCGUCAUUUGAAAUGGUUCGGAAAGCACUUAUCACGUGUUAAUUGGUCUAGCAUAUGAUUUUAUUCCUAUCUAGCGCCUGUAUCCAUAUUGGAGCCGCAUACAGGAUAACUGAAUUUAUUACCUUAGCUAUUAAACAUAAUCGGCUGGAACGCACACAUAAACAUAUGUAUUUGAAGUACAUAUAUAGAACAGAAGUGCACAAGUAUACAAACCGAACGUGUCGAUCAUUUCAAUCAUUGAAGCAUGAUCAGGUAUAAGCUGAUCGCUAGUGAUUCAAAGUUGUUCGCUAUUGCUGAUUUGAAGACAAACGGUUCGCUUUGUGUACAUGAUGACAGAAUCAGACGGAGUAACGGAUCAGUAAUUAAGUAUAAACAAAAAUUUAUUACUCGUUGCAGUUCUCUGAUAUAUAAGUACAUUAAACUUAUCAGGGGGCGCGGCUACACACACUUUUUAAACAUUUCCAAACUGCAAGUGCCUCUUGUUAUUGCGAAAAAUCGUUAGGUGAACAAAAAUAUUAUACUCGUAUUCCGGUGGAACAUGUUGCGAAAACAUAAAAAUAAGAGAAUUAAACUGAUAUGUAGGCUAACAUGACAUAAUUGCCCUAAACAACAAGCCCUCUAGAUACGAAAGUGUAAACUCUGAAUUAUUGAUUCAUUUCUACUUUUAAGUUCUACAAACCUAUGUCAUACAAUUGUAUAAUGUCUUAAUAUUCGAACAUUUCUGUUUGUUUCUGUCAUUGUACAUUACAUUCAUUUAGAAAUUUAUUGAUUAUACAUAUUUAUCUAAAUCUUUGCAUAAGAAGCGGUAAAUACAAUAUAUACAUUUAUUUUUUAUUAUGAUUUCCUUUACAUAUGUUUUAAAAUGUAGUUAUCCCAGACUUAAUAAUUUUCUGGCCAAGAAAUGGCAGCUUCGGGCCCACAAACUUCUAACGGCCGGGUUGAAGAAGCACCACUUAAGGAUUUUGAAAGUGCGUUGGAAGCGUGUGGAUUUGGCAAAUUUAAUUACUGUCUCCUCAUUGUGUCCAUGCUGGCAGUAGCCGCAACUGUGUUUGAAACGUCAAACAUAUCGUACAUAUUGCCCACUGCAGAAUGCGAUCUUCAGAUUGGCUUAUUAUCAAAAGGAGUACUGAACGCUAUAACUUACGCAGGUAUGAUUAUAUCGGCAGUGCCUUGGGGCUACCUAGCGGAUACCACUGGCCGAAAGCAUGUGUUAAUGUACGGACUUCUUAUUGGCAGUUUAAUGGAUAUGGGAUGUGCUUGUAGCCAAACCGCAAUUCAAUUAAUCGUCUUCAAGUUUUUAGCCGGCUUUAUUAAUUGUGGUCCACUUGCGGUAGUCCUGACAUAUUUAUCUGAGUUCCAUAUAAAAAAGCAUCGGUCUCGAGUAUUAAUGAUUUUAGGUAUGAUUAAAACUAUCGAUUUGCUUAUAUUGCCCGCCAUUGCAACAGCAACUCUGCCACAUCAUAUAGCGUUUGAAAUAUGGGUUAUGAAAUUUCAUACAUGGCAUGUUUUCCUCGCUAUUACUGCUUUACCUGGUCUCAUCAGUGGUCUAGUACUUCCUUUUUUUCCGGAAAGUCCCAAAUAUCUUAUGGCACAAGGAAGAAACGUGGAAGCUUUGGCAACUUUCAAAACCAUAUACGCUUUGAACACGGGGAAAAGUAAAGAAUCUUAUCCGGUAAUAGCUCUAUUUGAAGAAGCGCCUGAAAAGGCUGCAAAGAUAGCGGCAAAAACUGAUAAAGAGCAGGAAGCGACAAACCCUUUGAGCAAGCAGCAGACCGCCAAAGAAACGUUUAAAGAUGGUCUGAAGCAAUUAAAGCCCAUGUUUUCCAGCCCUUAUUUGAAAUUUUGUUUUAUGGUGUACCUAAUGGGAUUUUCCAUAUUAUUGGGUCAGAAUUCGGUCCGGUUAUGGCUGCCUCAACUCUUCGCAUCCAUUGUAGAGUAUGAACAACUUUAUGGCAGCACAACUAGUAUGUGCACCAUAUUAGAAUAUAAUGUGAAUAGAACUCAUCUAAUUAAAAACGUAGAUGAGAUGAAAACGUGCGAUGUUCAUAUUAGCUUUGAGUCUUAUACAAACAAUAUUGCUGUCUCCGGAUGUACCGUUUUCGGAUUCUUUUUGGUCAGCUUUAUAAUCAACAAAAUCGGAAAUAAAACCGUGCUGAGUAGGAAAAAUGGUGCGCUGUUGACAUCCUUUAUUUUUGCUGUAUCAUUUUAUUGGUCCCUAUCUGAAUAUUCUACCUUAGCCAUUUCGGCAAUUUUCGUAACUGCCAGUAGCAUAGCUGGUACCACCGUUAUAAGCGUCUCAGUCAAUUUGUUUCCAACUGUAAUGAGAGCAAUGGUUGUUGUACUUGUACUUACUUCUGGACGACUGGGCUCUCUGCUGGGGAAUGUUUUGUUCCCAUUAUUUAUGACCAUGGGUUGCAUACCGCCGUUUGUAAUGAUUGGUGGCGCAGUAUUUUGUGCCUGCAUAAUUUCAUUUUUUGUGCCAGGAGCAAACAGCGAAACAUUCAAAUAAUUUGCACCAAUAUUGUGAAAAGUUUUUAUUUUUAUUUAAAAAUAAAAUCCAUUAAAAAACGAUGUUUUCUUCACUCUCUCAAAUUCGUUUAGCCUUAAUUUUAGCCCUAUAGUAUUCAGUUCUACUAUACUCUACUUUCACCAUAAGAAUUACGACGAAUAAUGAAUAACACGGCACGUUCCUGAAUGAUUUUCUGUACGUCAUUUCUAGUCAAUCAAACAAUGAGGAUUUGUGAUUUUUUUCGAUUUUAUUCACAUUCAGCUAAUGUGUGUACCAGAAAAAGAUUCCCUCUGAGGAUAAAUGCUAUAAAGACAAAUAUUUAUGGGGACUGGGAAAAGUAUUCACCUCGAGUAUACUCAGGCGACAUCGCAAUCAAAAAAUGAGUCAUUACCGCUCUACAGAAACGCUUCGCCAUGUUAGAAAGCAGUUUGUCUCAUUUGGGAAAUACAGAGCACUAAUCACGUAUUAAGCGUCUAAAUUGGAUGUAUGUAUGUAUCUAACAACAGUGUUGCCGCCGAAGUUACAUGUACAAUUGGGAACAGUUCAAUUGCCAAAACAGCAAUUUCCAGUUUUAGUUAACUGUACAGUAACGUUCUCACAGAAAUUGCAGGUUUUGCCCAACUUUUGUGGACAGUCGGAAGAUUGGCCAAUAUUUUAUACGGGUUUCAUCGAGUCAAGCGCGAUUUAUGAGUACAGCAAAUACGAAAACAACCAACGUUUAUUAAAGAGCUUGAAAGGUUAUGCGCUCAACCGAAUAAUGUCGUUAAUAUAAUUGAAUUGUUAAAAUUUUGGUUGACAGUUGAUCCGAAGCCCACUUAAAGGAAAUCAUACCCCUUUGCAAUAUCGAAAAUCAAACCAUUUCAACAAAGGUAUGGUGGUGAAUUACAUUUCUCAAACUCUAACUACAUUACUCUUUUAUCGGUCGCCCCAUACGGAAACCAAAAGCGUGUCGACAUUUACGCACUCCUGGACGAAGGUUCAUAUAUCAUAUUGAUAGCAGUGGCGGAUUAAGAGUAUCCAAGGCCCUAAGCACAGAGCUGUGUAGGCCCUCUAUUGCUUAAAUGGAAAUGGAAGGAACGGAAUGGAGGGUAGAAAGUAUAAAAUGAAAGUUCAUCAAAAUAGAAAGUGUAGUAGGUAUAAUUUAAAACUUAAAACAUUUUUUUCCUUGCCUUAAUCAGAGCAAACUCCAAAAUUACAUCGUCGAAAUUUAUCUGACGAAGUUGUCUGCCUCAAUACACAUUAAUGCUAAGGAAUUAAGCUUGUCUGGACCGAUUUUUGUUCUUUGCGAGUUUUUUAAUAUUUUUAGUUGUGAGAAGGAUCGUUCCGCAGAGCAGUUAGUAAUCUUUAAGCUGUGAAAGAUUCUAAACGCCACUUCUAUAUUUGAGAAAACGCACUUUACUUUAUCUUUAAUAAUCAUUUCAUAUAGUUCGGAAUGGGUGACCUUUGUUUCUGAAAAUUCAUAUUUCAUUCGAACUUAUUUGUGAAAAUUAUUAAAUUCACCGAGGAAGUUUUCAUUGAAGUCUUCUGGGUAAGAUUCUAACAGCAAUUGAAUAUCUUUUUCAUAUUCUAAACAUGACUUAUUUAGAUCCGCAAGAAAUUAAAACUUUUGUGAAACUUCGUGGUAUAUAGUACAUCACCUCUUCUUUGCAUUGUGUGUCAAUUAUUACAUUGAAAGUCUCAAUGCGGAAUUUGUCUCUAGGAUUCAAAUCAAGUUCCUCUGCAUUUCCAUCAUUUACUUGUUUCUUCC